UAAAUAACCGAGUGGGGCUGGAACACGGGCGUUUCUCCACCUGUUAGUAUCAGGUAAAGAGGGAAAAAAAACUCAGACAAACUGGAUGUCUGCAACACGGAAGUCAAGAAGCAGUGAGAUCGGACUCGACACAGGAGAGCCUGGAAUAUUUAUUUAUUUAUUUAUUUAUUUAUUUGUUUAUUUAUUACAGGCUCCAGGAAUUGAGCUCUAAUCCGGACACUGCACUUCAGGUGAUUGCAGCUGAACGUAGACGCGUCACAGCCUCUACAUCCAGGGUCAAAAGGCACUGAGUUUCCAAAGAUGUUUUUACUGCUGAACAUUUAAAUCGCAGGAACGUGUGGAAAUGUCGUCGGAAGGUAAGAUGGAAAAUGAGCUGAGCAGCGGCGAGGUGAACCGCGCGCUCACGGAGUUCGUGUUGUUCGUGGCGCGGUGCGUGCUGCUGCUCUACCCGGUGUACGUGUGCGGCGCGUUCGGCCUGAGCGUCAGCUGGCUGCUGCUCGCGGUGCUGCUGUGGGGAAUGUGGGAGAAGAACCGGCGGCGCAAGGGCGAACGCGUGGACGCCGCCAUCGACUUCGUGGAGAACGAGUCUCACGUGAUCAAGCACGAGAUGCUGAAGGCGCUCAACUCGCCCACCUGGAUUCAAUUUAAUGAAGUUGAGAAGGCUGCCUGGAUCAACAAGAUUCUUCAUCAAGCCUGGCCAUUCUUUGGCGUCUACAUGGACAAGCUCCUGAAGGAGAACAUCCAGCCUACCAUUAGGCAAUCCAGCCCUCACCUCAAAACCUUCACCUUCACCAAGGUCCACUUUGGCCAGAAGGCUCCAAUAAUUACAGGCGUACAAGCGUACACACAAGAAGCAGACAUGAGGGAAGUCAUCCUAGACUUCAACAUUGCUUACAUGGGGGAUAUUGACAUCGCCGCAGAUAUAAAGCCACGCAUCUCAGCAGGAAUUAAAGAACUGCAGCUUCAGGGGAUGCUCCGAGUGAUUCUUAGCCCCUUGAUUGGCCAAUCCCCACUUGUGGGUGGGGUCACGAUGUUUUUCAUCCGUCGACCUAAUUUGCACUUGAAUUGGACUGGCAUGACCAAUCUCCUGGAUGGUCCAGGACUACGACCCUUUUCCGAGACGGCCAUCAUGGACAUCAUCGCAUCCAUGAUGGUCCUACCGAAUCGUCUAUGUUUCCCAUUAAUAGACCAAGUCAAGGUGGAUGAAAUGAGAUUCCCUCUGCCUCGAGGUGUGGUACGUGUCCAUGUGCUGGAGGCUCAGGAUCUGAAGGCCAUGGACACAGUAAUGAUGGGACUAGUAAAGGGCAAGUCUGAUCCAUAUGCAGUCCUUACGGUUGGCAACCAGCGUUUCAAAACGAAGACCAUUAAAGAGACCUUGAACCCCAGAUGGAAUGAGGUGUAUGAGUUCGUGGUUCAUGAGGCUCCUGGCCAAGAGCUCGAAGUGGAGGUCUAUGAUGAGGACACGGACAAGGAUGACUUUAUGGGCAGGUUUAAUCUGGAUUUUGGUGAGGUGAAGAAGGAAAGAGAGAUAAAAAAGUGGUUCCUCCUGCAGGAGAUUGAAAAAGGAAAAGUACACAUGAAACUGCAAUGGUUUUCUUUGCAGACUGAUCUGGAGCUACUGAAAGAGGCCACUGAUGGCUGUGCCUGUGCCAUGCUUGCUAUAUAUUUGGACAGUGCCUCUAACCUACCUAAAGACCAUAAUGAAGUAAGCCAGCUUGAGAAACAUGGGAAGCAACCCAAAGAGGCAAGGCUCACAAGGAAGCAACACAACCCCAAUUCUUAUGUGAAGUUCUCCAUAGACCAACAAAGCCAGAAAAGCAAGACUGUGUAUGCAACUAGAGAUCCUGUUUUUGAGCAGUACUUCACAUUCUUUGUGCACAGUGUGGAAAGCCAGGUGCUUAACAUUCAGGUGAUGUUGGCUGAAAAGAAAAGUUCACUGGGCAUGCUGACUCUGCCUCUUAACCGGCUUCUCAACGCCUCAGACUUGACUCUGGACCAGCAUUUCCAGCUGGAACGUUCCGGCUCCAACGCCCAGCUCAAGAUGAAAGCCAUCCUCAGGAUCCUGAAACUGGAGAAGCCCAAGCCCAAAGUUUCAAACCCUUUCAAAGAUCCUCAGCUCCAACAACCUCAGCAAUCACAGCCAACUCUUGACUCCUUGAAACCUGAAGAAAGAAACCAGGCCACCACGCUGUCUCAGAUGCAAGUGCCCAUCAGUUCUUCCAGCGGACCCCAGGCUGAGUAUAUGGCCCGGAGAGGUUCUCUCCUGGUCUCGGAGAACCGUCUGACGGGCUCCACACGAAUGCGGCGUUAUGACUCGCACAGCCUCCUCUCAGAAAACUCUAUUGCUUCUUCACGCUUUGACCUAGCCGAGGGUGUCCCUUACCCAGACGCCAUCAUGAAUCACCAGGGCAGCUUUGGCCAGAUUCAGAUAACUAUUCGUUAUGCCACGCUGAGGAACAAGCUCACUGUGACUGUCAUUAACUGCAGGAACCUGUUCCCCUGUAACGCCAACGGCUCAGACACCUAUGUUCGCAUUUACUUGCUUCCUGACCAAAAAUGGAAAAACCGCAUGCGCACAAAAGUGAAGACAAACACAGUGAAUCCAAACUUUGAUAAGAAGUUUGAGUUUUCGGUGCCAUUGGAGGAAGCAAGGACCCGGAAGUUAGAUGUUUCUGUGAAGAACAAUCGAAUGUUCCAUACCAGAGAGCGAAAAGAGAUUGGGAUGGUCUUGAUUGAUCUAGCCCAGUUGGAUAUUAUAAAAGGUUCCACAGCAUGGUAUGAGCUCAGUAUCCCAGGGCUGAAGAAAGCUAUCUAGAGGAAUGAAGAUCAUUGAUCAAAUUGAACUGACUCCUUCAGAAGUUUCUGAAUUUCUACACCUCUGUUUACAUUUUUAUUACUGAAUUUCUCUUGCCUCUCAGGUAGUGGAAAAUAUGAGAAUCUUUAUUUUUAUUUUAACACUGAAGAACUCUAAAAUACAAUGCAUUUUUGUAAUUUUUUUUUUAUUAUUUUUUACAUAUUCUUUUUUUUUAAUCAUCAAUUGUGAGUGGAGUUUUAACCUGAUGAUGGGAAGCAGGCUUUUUUUUUUUUUUUUUUUUUUUUUUUUUUCUUUCUUUCUUUGCACUCCAUGCCGAACACCAUUUUUUUUUUUUUUAUUAUUUUUUAUUUUAUUUUUUUUUUUAAAUCAUACUCAAAGCACUGGUACUACUUUUGUAUCGCUCAGCUUACAUAGAUUUGUUCUCUGUAAACGUAUUUUGGUGUGAAUUUACAUGCACGCAAUAGUUCUGGAUUCAUGACAUUCUCGCUCUCUCUCUCUCUCUCUCUCUCGCUCUCUCUCUUAUAUUUAUAUAUAUAUAUAUAUAUAUAUAUAUAUAUAUAUAUAUAUAUAUAAAAUCAUGAUCUGUUCUUUUCUUUAUAGGAAAUGUGUUGCACAUUUUAAUGCAUUGUUCAUUGGUUAUGUGAUGUUUACUAGAUUGUAAAGAAUAUGCACCUGUUCCACAUUCCAGCUCUUGACAAACCAAAGACAAUUAAUCAGUAAUCCCUCAAUAACUGUUGUCUGGAACAUGCUGAGCACUAUAAUGAAGCAAAAUGUGCACUCUCAGUGAGGGUCAUAAAGAUUAUGUUUAGGAGAGGCGAUAUAUAGCAAAUAUAUAUCAGGGAAAUAUUAGGACAGCAUGGCAUGUGAAUAUGUUUUAAAACAGAAACGUAACUGACAUUGAUGCAUGUUCAGUACUUAAGCGCAUAUACAUAUAUAUCAAAAAGGAUAUUCUGUAAUUUUGUAAUCAUAGAACAUGAAUUGACGUAACAAACUAAUUAAUGGCAAAGUGUUGUUAUAUUUCUGUUAUUUUGCUCAGUAUUUUUCUGUAUAUUUUUUAAACUGUGAUUGUGUUGUAUAAAACACUGGGAAAUGUAAAGAAAGGGGGGGGGGAUCUUAUGACAACUAUUAAAUAAACUGUGGCUUUUAUUAAAGUUAAA